AUGGCGAGAAGCGCGGCUCCUGUCCCUGCUGCGACAUCGUCCAGCAGAGUCAGGAACAAAAAGCUCUCAUAUAGGCAGAAGCUAUGCGUUCAACGCGGGUCGCAUCUGCUCAACGCCGCCACUUCGGUGGUGGCGGGGCCGGAGCCCGAGUUCGAAGGCCAGGACCACGCUCAGGACUCUAAUCUGGGUGUCGACGCCAGCGAAAUCUCGGAACACCAUCUGCAGGCCGCACUGUCCUCAAAUCAGCUCGCGACCGCAGAAGGCAAUGCGACAGCAGAGGCAGCGAAAGCCGCCUACAGCAUUCCCGUUCCCGAUGCGCACGGCACGCUCUCCAAUGCCGAGUUCUCGCAGCUUUACCCCUCUGGGGUCUACUCGGAUCCGGUUACUUACAUCCGCUUCUCGGAUACGGUCGAGGAUUGCAUCAAGGGGCCGAGCUAUAACAUGGACGAAGAUGACCAGGACUGGCUCGAGACACGAAAUGCAAACGCCCAGGAGGCGUUGACAGCGGCCAUUCGCAACGCCAAGACAGGCCCUCUCGCUGGAAGCGGAGGCAAGGGCAAAGCCAAGGAGAAGCUACGCGAGGACGCCAUCGAGAAGCUCAUCUCGGAAAACCAGAGCAGCUAUCGCCCACUCUCCGAAGAUCAGUUCGAGAUGAUCAUGACCGUCUUCGAGCAGGUUACCACCGAGCAGGUCCCCUUCCUUCAUCUGGACGUCACCAAGAUCCCAACAUCAGAAGAGCUCGUCGCCUACUUCGAGCCAUCCUCCUCCAUCUCUGCCCUCGCCCAGCCCGACUUGCCCGUUCUCAGCUGGGAGAAGAGCGUCGGUGCCAGUGCCGGCGGCUCCUCCCGUCGACCUUCCAACGCCGGCGCUCCCGUAAUCCGACCCCCCUCAUCAACGGAAUGGUCGCCCAUCAACCCCUACAAGAACUUGGCCGACCUCAAAAUCUUGGCCACCGUCGUCUACGCACACUGGAAGAGCCGGCGCGAAGAUCGCGAUGGCCAACCAGUGACUCCCUCGCUCAACUUCGACGAAACCAACGACAGUGAUCCUUACGUCUGCUUCCGUCGACGUGAGGUCAAGCAGAUCCGCAAGACGCGAAAGACCGAUGCGCUUCACAUCGAAAAGAUGAUCCGACUGCGCGCCGAGCUCGAGCAUGCCGUGGCACUGACCGAGCUUGUAGCACAGCGCGAAAAGACCAAGCGCGCCUCGUUGCGGCAGAGCCGGGAUUGCUGGGAGACCGUCAAGGAUCUCAUGGACAUCAAGCGACAAUGGGGCAUCGUGGGCCCACAGCAGGGCUUGGAGGACGAAGAGCUCAUCUCAGGAGAACGCAGAGAUCCGACACAGUCUGCGUCCGGGCAAGCAAAGAAGAAGCGCAAGGCCGACGAAGCUGCAACGACCAUCAAGCUGGCGGGACGCAAGUCGCGCGGUGGCGAGGCCGAUGGCUCCGCUGCCGGUGCGGCGUCUGCGUCGGCCGGUGGUGUGUCUGGGAUGGGCUCAGCGAUUCUCGAACGUGUGCACGCUGUGCAGGCGUACAUCGAACGCGAAUGUCUGCGCAAAGCCGACACCGACCUUGGCUGGGAAGAGGGCAGCGAUGCCGCCUUCCAACCGAUCCCUGCGCCGGCGCCCCUGCGAGCCUUCCGGCCUAUCCAUGCCGAGGCCUCGGAGGACCCGCUGACUUUCUCGCCUCUCUCCACACGGGCCGGUCGACCGCCCUCGUUCCGCAGGCGCGUCGGCCGUGGUGGCCGCGUCUUCUUGGAUCGUCGCCUUCCCGUUCCUAGUCCUGUGCCGACGAAUCUCGCCGACUGGCCACGCUACGGCCGAACCAUGUCCAAGCUCCCAGGCAUCGAAGAGAAGGAACCUAGCAAUGCGCAGACCGCCGAGCCCGACGCGACGCUGUCGGACUCCACUUUGCACAGCUCGCCGCCUUCCACGAAGAAGGCGUUGACGGGACCUUUCGCUUUCACGCCAGAUCUUCAUCCACAGCUGCUGGCUUCUACGGCUCAUCCCGCGGUGCAGUCGCUUCUCCAUCACGACAAUGGCACCUUCGGUGGUCCCUUUGCACGCAGCGGGCCUUUUGCAUCCGCGCCUGUCUCGAAUGCGCACGAGGAAGUCUCAGGCUCGCAGCACUCUGAUACCUCGAGCACGUCAUCGAUCUCGAGCGAUCGCUCUCGUCUCAGCGGCACCUCAGUCGGCGUCGUCAGCACUCAGGCCACCGAAGUUGGCGACAUCGACAUGCUUGGCCUGGACGAGGAGCACGACAAACGCGAGAACGAGCUGCACCAGCAGGAUGCGUCCGACAGCGAAGAUUUGGAAGACGAUGUGGCCGAUCCUGAACGGGAGUUGCAACGAUGGACCCGAUUGGAAGAGCAAUGGCGGUACGACGACGAGUCUGGUCGCUUUGCUGGUCUCGGUCUCACGGCGCUUGGAGGCAUGGAGGACGAUGACGAAGCGGUCUUGGACGACUUUGACCAGAAGUUCAUGCGAUACAGAAUGACACUGCUGGAAGAAUCGGAUCUGCUGAAGCUGUCGACGGAUCUCACCAACCUUCAACAAGCACAGGCGGCCGCUGAGGCACCGGCUGCCAAACCCGCAGGCUACGUGGAUCAGCCGGUGACCUCUACGUCUUCGGCGGUUGCCAACGCUGUCGCUGCCUCUGCCAAGGUCUCGGCUACGCCCGUUGCGGCCGCUGCAAGCGCAGUCCUGCCUGGCAUCCCAAAUGCUGCCACCCUUCCGAUGCCGUCGGCAGCUCGCACUGCGGCAGCGACAGGCGGAGGUGGCUCACAGAGUGCCUUGCAGGCGCAGCAGCUGCAAGCGCAACAGCAACAGCUCCAGAUGGCCAUCCUUCAGCAGCAGCAACAACAGCAAGUCGCCGCCGCUCAGGCACAGGCACAGGCGCAAGCGGCGGCCCAGGCUCAGGCCCAGCAAGCCGCGCUCCUGCAGCAGCAACAAAAACAGCAACAGCAGCAACAGCAGCAUCAAAAACAACAGCCAUUGCCACAGCAAGCCGGAGUCCCGUCGCAGCCGCAGGCACAACAGCAGCAAGCGGGCGCCCAGCAACAGCUGCCGCAGCCCUUUGGCAGCCAGAUCAUGUCGCUGUCGCACAACAAUACCCAACAGGCCCAACUGGCAGCCUUUGCCGCGGCGCAGCAGCAGUUGCAAGCGCAAGCAGUGGCUCAGCAACAGCAACAGCAGCAGGAGCAGCAAAGGCGUCUCAGCGGAGUAACGCAGCAGCAGCAGCCUCAACAGCAGCAGAUCGGCUUGCCAGUGCAGAUGCAGAUGCAGAUGCCCAUCCAAAUGCAGAUGCAAUUGCAGAUGCAGAUGGCGGCCGCUGCCGCUCAAGGUCAGACGCACCUGCUUGGCCAGUCCAUGCCGUUCGACACCACUUCCAUUCAAGCACAGAUGCAGCAGGCGCAGCAGCACUUGGCGCGAUCGAUGCCGCAGCAAGGCAUGGCGCACUCUUCGCCCAUGCAAUCUGCCGCCUUCACCGUGCCCAACGCCGCUCAGCCCUUUGGGAUGAACCUCAGCCUCAGCAUGAAUGGAAACGCUGGCAGCCCGCCGAUGCAACACGCUAGGGUAAGCUCGCAGCCUCAACAGCAGAUGGGGCGCACGUCAGCGUCUCCUGUCUCUGCAGCGGCAGCCAACGGACAAAACGGUGGUCGAACCAACCCCUCGCCCGUGAUGCAAGCGGGUAUGGUAAUGCCUCAGCAGCAACAGCAGCAACAGCAGCAACAGCAGCAGCAGCAGCAGCAGCAGCAAGCGGGUGCGCUCAACCUGAACCUCAGCUUGGCAGCAGCGCAGAUGAAGAACGGUGCUGCGAAUCUGCAACAGUACCAGGCGUUGCAGCAACAGGCUCAGAUGCUGCAAGGUCAACAGGGCAAUGCGAACGCAGCUCAGCUGAUGGCGAUGAAGGCUGCUCUUGCGCAAAACGCCAACAUGAACCUGCGCUUGCCACCGAAUCGGGCGCUGCAAAUCGCGCAGCAGGCUGCUCAGGCUGCCUUUGGUGCGCAACAGCAAGGUCAACAGGCCCAGCAGGCGCAACAGGCCCAGGUCAACGGCAAUGCUUCCAACCAAGGUUCGCCUGCCAUGUCUCGCGCCUCCACCGCCGGCUCUCCGCGCUUCGCUGCCAAUGGCAUCAACGGCGCCAUGGCCGGCAGCUCGCCCGUGCACAACGGCACCGCCACGACCAACGCGACCAACUCGCCGUCGCCGCAGAUCUCGGCGGCGAACCGAGCUGCCAUCGCCGCAGCGACCAAUGCGGCCAACGCAAAGAUGAUGGCCGUGGGCUCGCCCGUAUCGUACCACGCUUCUCCGGUUCAGGCGAGCAUGAACCUGCACGCCGUUCAGCAGCAGCAGCUCAAGAACGCUGCCGCUGCCGCCGCCGCCGCUAAUGGAGGCACGGCAGGCUCACCGCAUCUGGCUACACGCGCCUCGCCCCAGACGCAACAAGGUUGA